GUUCUGCCCUUUCUUGCAAUAUAUCAAUUUCAGUGUUCAGGAGAGAAAUGAAAAAUCGAGAAACGGUGUUUUCAGUGAGAAAAAAUUAAAUUACAAAUAGUGUAGAGUCUUCCUUGUAAAGAAUGGUCAAGAGGCAGCCAGCAGCUAAAAGGUUUUUGAAAUAUUAACCAAGUCUUGCCUUACACGAAAAAAUUGCAACUACAGUUUGUAUACGUCAUCAGCGUCUUCCAGUAUGGGCCUAGGCACGAAGGGAGAUGUCCGUGUUGCACCCGAAAGGCAAAAGAUACUUAAAUGCAGCCAGUUUUAACAAUAUAUUUAUUUGUAAACUAUGUCGUGGCUAUCUUAUAAAACCUGUUGCAAUAACGGAAUGCCUCCAUACUUUUUGUAAAAGUUGUUUAGUGAGAUACUUAGAAAGUGCCACUGAAUCGUUCCGAUGUCCUGAUUGUCAUCAACAAAUCCACGAGACAAACCCAUGGGAGUAUCUAAGAGAAGACAAGACUUUGGAAGAAAUAAUCUUCAAGCUUGUCCCAGGAUUAUGGAAAAAUGAACGACAAAGAAUCAGCGAAUUCUACCACAAAAGAGGUCUACCAAUCCCUGAAGAUUUUGACUUCCAAACUUUAUUGGAGCCUUCUUCCCCAACCUCUGAGAUUGUGAACAAAAAUUCAAAUGACUGUGAUGAGGAGAGCAAAGAAAACAAUAACCAGAAGGCCAGACAUUUUAACAAGAAUCUAAUUGGUGAUACCCAGAUAGGAUUGCAAUUGAAAUACCUGGAGACAAAUGACAUCAAGAAGGACUUCAGGCAACUAGAUAAGAGUUUCAUUCGCUGCUCUUCCUACCUCACUGUGGAUCAUCUCAAAAAGUUUUUGAAAAUGAAACUGAAGUUACCUGAUACAAGUGAGGUUGAUAUUCUUUGCAACGGUGAAAUUAUGGAUACUUUACUUGGAAUAGAGAGUGACAAAUUUCCUGAAGUUUAUGUCAAGAAUGGACUGCUUUGUCAACUGGAUUAUUUAGUUAAUAUAGAGGUAAAGAUUUUUUGUUGGGCCAUGGCCCAGUUGAUCAUACUUGUCAUGUGGUUCUUAUUAAAUUGAAAUUAAAGCAUAUAGUAAGUAGCAUAAGCCCCAGUAAUAAGUAGUACCUAGCUUAAUUUUCAAAUUUCUAAAAAAUGGGGACCAUUCUACAAGCCCAUUUUGUUUCUUCGUUUAUCGAUAUGGUUUAGCAGAGAGUUUGUCUAAAUACAAUACUUCAUUCAGUCAGAAUCUGUGCAUAAUAAAUUUAGUUAAUGAGAGGCAUCAUCUCACUGCCAAAGAAAAUCAAGAGUAGACUCAAAAAAAUUAGGUUGACUGAAAGGCUUUUAGAAAAUAGCCUUUAUUUAACAAAGCCAAAACUCACAGGUCUAGUAACUGGGUAAAGGAAAAAGGCUUUUUGCUCCAGGGAAGUUGCUAAAGAGGUCCUCAGUUCAGUAGUGGCAUCUGCCACAGCACCUGCUACUGGCAGGUUGAUGACACCUCCCAAAAGAGCUGCAUAGUUAAGGAAUCAUGGAACAGUAAUUUUGAAGAAGAUGGCUUAGGAGCACCUAGCAUUGAAUUGUCCAUCAGAUUUUGUCUAGAUCAGGGACACGAAUUUCAGUGGGAAGCGGAUAAUGUAAGUUGAAAGUUUCUACUUAUAUUUCAACCCUAUAUCAAGCUUACUUUAAGACCUCCAAAAAGCUGUUAAUUGUUGCAAAAUAUUCGCUUUAUAAGCAGCUGUUGUUUGCUUGUGUCAAUUUUCAAAAAAAGUUCUGUAUUUUGUUGUCCUUUCUGUAACCAUGGAGAUAACAUUUUAGGUGUUAUUAUCUGUCUAACAGUCUAAAUUUUCAGACCUGUCAACCGAAUAUUUCAAAACCUGGAGAUUUUUCUAUUUUUCGUUAGCAAAAUAGAGAGAUUUGACCAAGAACAGGGAGAUCAGCAGAACUUUUUAAUAAUUUCUUUUAAUAAUUUUUGUUUCUUCGUAAGCAUAACAAAAAACUUUGUCCUGAUGAAAGUUAAUGCAAACAUUCUUAUUAUAAGGAGACCUCUGCUAAUAGAAAAGGAAGAAACAUGGAGAACAUUCAAAAGUUCCGGGAGAAAUAGAGAGUCAAAAGUUGAUAAGUCUGAAAUUAGAUUAAUUAAAGUUAGCUUCAAGCAUGCUUAACCAGCUAUAUUUUUGCUAAGUGUCUUUGAUUUUGUUUGUUUGUCGCGAAAUCUGAUUUCAGUAUGUGCUGUAGACUGCAACUAUGUUAUGGUAAAGAAUCUAAAUUGUCAACUUGUAUCACUUUAUUAGAACCUUGGGUUGCAGUUUGCUUACAGAUUCAUAGUAUGAAGCAUGUUGAUCAUGCUUUAAUGUAAAAUAAUGAAUAGAAUUAGUCAGAUAUUGUA